UGGUAACAUGGGUGCCUAGAUACCUACCUAGUUCAAAAUUACCUAGGUACCUGGGAAUAGAGUGUUCCAUAGGUCGAAAUCAUCCGACUCCCCCUCAUCACUUCAUCACAUACCUAGGUUAGUAUGUACGUCGAAUAUAUGUUCGCUACCUAACCAAAUCCCAAAUACCGAGCCCAGAGCCUGAUCAGUCAAGAUGAAUAAAAGGGCAACUAUUCAAGUCGAAUAGGAAACUAAGCAUCAAAUACCUAUAUAAAAUCAAGACUCGCUUUACUAUACCUACUUAUUUAUCAACAACCUAAAAAAUAUUGUAUAUUUGUCUAUAGAUACCUAGGUACGCGGUAACGAUGGGUGGUGCGUCCACAAAGUUAGCUGCUUGCCAUGUCUCGCCAGUCUUCUUACGGGCACAGGACACGACGGAAAAAGCAAUCUCAUUCAUAAAAGAAGCUGCAAAGAACAACGCCAAACUCGUGGUCUUUCCCGAAUCAUUCAUCCCCGCUUUCCCUAUCUGGAGCGCCUUGAAGGCUCCGACCGAGAAAGAGCACCAUUUCUUCUUCCACAAUAUGGUGAGCGAAUCUGUCUAUAUCGACGGCGAAGAAAUCAAUGCGAUCCGUGCAAUAGCCAAGAAGCUCAACGUCAUCGUGAGCAUUGGGGUUUCCGAGAAAGUUCGCUAUAGUAACGCCACGCUCUUCAACUCGAACAUCCUCAUUGGCGACGACGGCGAAAUACUGGUCCAUCAUCGCAAGCUAAUGCCCACCUUCUACGAGAAGCUUACCUGGGCUCCCGGGGAUGGGCACGGGCUUCAGGUGGUCGAAACCCGCGUCGGAAAAAUCGGGGUCCUGAUCUGCGGCGAGAACACCAAUCCGCUGGCCCGGUAUUCCCUGGCAGCCCAGGGGGAGCAAAUCCAUAUCUCGACGUGGCCGGCAAUAUGGCCGACGCGAUUGACAAAAGUCCAGGAUGACUCAAAAGUCCAGGAUAAGUCGCCCGUCAAGGAGCCACCGGAUCGUUCUAACUUUCUUGACAACAUUUUCGGAUCAAACUACGACAAUGUUGCGGCUAACCGGACGCGCGCCGCGGCUCACUGCUUCGAAGCUAAGUGCUUCGGCAUCAUGUGCGCCGGACACCUAAGUGCCGAUGUUAUGGAGUGGUUGGCAGAAUUAAGAACGCCUGAAAUCAACUCUGAAACUCUGAAACUUUGGCCGAGGGGUGCGACGAUGUUUCUGGACACGACGGGGGCUUUGCUUCCCGGCUUUACGAUCAACCGCGAGACUUCGGCUAAGAAGAAAUGUGAUUUUCUGCAGGAGGAGGAGGGCAUAUUGUAUGCGGAGAUUGACUUGAGCGACUGUGUGGAAGGGAAACAGUAUCACGAUAUCGCCGGCGGCUAUCAGAGGUUCGAUGUGUUUGAGCUGAAGGUCGAUCGCAGACGAAGGGAGCCGGCGUCCUUUACAGAUGAGUAGGUCAGAGUACCUGGUCGAAGUAGUUUAAACGGACAAAGUCUUGAUUUUAUGGUUUUAUAUGGUAUCAAGUUAGGAAUUUUGAAGGCCUAUAAGCUUCAGUAGCCACAGCAUGAGGAAGUACAGUAUAAUUCAACUAAAUAAAACAACGUUCCGCAGCCUCUAGUUCAGCAAAUACGUAACUACUCA